AUGACUAAGGCUUUGCUUGGCACUGGCGUCGUUCGGAUCGUUCGAUGCAGCACUUCACUGAACCCGACACCACCACCAAUCCUCCCAUUGCCCCCGCACAACAGCGCCAACUCCGCUCAACUCUUCACAAUGGCAGGCUGGGUCUACCGCGAGAACCGAGUUCCCCAUUACCAACGCGAAUUCCAGAAGCACGAUGGUCUGAGACUGUGGGAGAAGUCCCGCGGCAAGUUCCUGGUUCCCGCCUACAAGGUCAUCCUCUUCACCAGCUUCGGCUGCAGCAUGUACAUGAUGGGCCGCCUUGUCCUCGGACACAAGACGUGGUUUGGCAAGAACUAG